GUAAACUUAUCGUUUUUAUAGACUAAAGGUAAAUGUAAUCUCUUUUCUGUUAAAAUACUACUACUGAUACUUAAAGGGACCUUCUAGUGCAAAUAUUGAUGUGACUAGCAUACUUUUUAAGCAAGGUUCCCAUCUAAAUAUAUUUAAAGGGACAUGAAACCCCACAUUUUCUUUUGUAAUUCAGAUAGAGUAUAUAAUUUUACUUCUAUUAUCAGAUUUGCUUCAUUCUUAUGGUAAUCCUUCUUGUAGAACAAACCCAGGGAGGUAGCUUGCUGCCAUGUAGUGGUACAGACUCGUGGAAACACUACUUUCAUCAACAUUGUUAAAGUAUUUUUGCUAAACUGCUGCCGUACAGUGUUUUAGGGCACAAGAAUGCUCCUGAGCCUACCUACCUGCUUUUCAACAAAGGGUACCAACAGAACAAAGUCAGUUUGAUAAUAGAAGUACAUUGGGAAGUUUUUAAAAUUACAUGCUGUUUAUGAAUCAUGAAAUAUAAAUUUUAGUUUCACAUCCCUUUAAGAUCAGUACUCUUUUGUGUCCCAAUGGUUCUGAUUUCAGAGAAUACAAGAGAGCAGGGUUAAAGAACUGCUUAAUGCACACUUACUUUGCCUGAAGGAGUGACAAGCUAUGAAGCCCUGUAUAAUUACCUAGGGCUCGAUAAUGUAAAGGUCCCUGGGCUGCCGAGAUUAUUAAAGAAUGCUCACCAGUCCUGUUUCGCUGGUGGAAUUUUCUAAAUCCACUUUUUACUUUUAAAAAAAAGGGUGUCUCACUAAGGGACAUAUACGUUCGAAAAAGUGCACCAUUAAAUCCGUAAUUUAAAAAUAAUAGAAAACAAAUAAUUUAACCAUUCACACAAUAAAACGUAGGAAAAUUUUUUAUUGUUAAGGUACAUCAAAAUAGUAACAAAUUUGUUCACCAAAAAUCUUAUUUUAUAAAAAAAAAUGUAAUAUAUACAGCGUAAAACCUAGAAAUUCGUACUUAAAUACAAAGUGUUAUUGUUUUUUCGUAAAAUGGGCUGUACAUUGGCAUACCAUGGGCGUAUAUAAAAUUUUCUCUCAAAUCUCAGCAUAAUUCUUUAAACAUUUUCACACUGCAGACCUGUUUUUUUACCAAAAUACUCAAAAUACAUAUUACCCUAAUAGAAAAACACAUGCAUAUGAAAAGGGAAUAGAUUGUUAUAUGGUACACACAGAAGGCAGUGGAAUUUGAUUUAUAUUGCCUGUACGGUUUAAUUUAUAAAGUGUGCCUCCAGCUAACUCUGCUCUAUAGAGUGAAGAGUCCCUUUCCAGGGAGCUCCAUUACUUUAUAAAGGAGGCAUCUUGCCACUUGUAGGGAGUUACCCUUUUUUAACAUAAUUUCAUGACGACAACCCCUUCAAGGGCCUGCAUAAAAAAACACGUCUGGUCCUGCAAAGCAUAAGUAAUCGGGCCCCUAGUGUCUUCUUACCAUGAUUCAAGAUCGGCACCAGAGCCUUUUUAAAGAUAUAAAUCUCAUAGUUUAAUUAACCUAGAAAGCUUUUUUGCACUAAAAUUACUUCUCAAUUAAAAAACCAUCAUAAAAUUUUAACUUGGGUAAUAGUUUUAUCACACACCUAUGAUGUCGAUCACCUAAUAAUAAUGUUCGUUAUCUGACAGCUAGGGGAGUUCUGAAAGAAAUCUAUAUACUAUGCAUUGUCCUUAUGGUAAUCCUAUUGUUUCUUUUUGGGCAGGUGUCAGCUGACUCAAACUCUUCAAUGAAUUCAGGCGUAAUACUGGUGAGACCCUCUCGUCUAUCUUCAAGUGGUACACCUAUGCUGAGUGGAGUCACUGAAUAUGAACUACCUGAAGAUCCCCGGUGGGAAGUGUCAAGGGACAGAUUAAUACUUGGGAAACCACUUGGAGAAGGCUGUUUUGGUCAAGUUGUCAUGGCUGAAGCGAUUGGGCUGGACAAGGAGAAACCAAACCGAGUCACCAAAGUGGCUGUGAAGAUGUUAAAAUCUGAUGCAAGUGAGAAGGAUCUUUCCGAUUUGAUUUCAGAGAUGGAAAUGAUGAAAAUGAUAGGAAAACACAAGAAUAUCAUUAACUUACUUGGCGCUUGCACACAAGAUG